AAAACCAAUCAAACAUUUAUCUCUCUCUCUAAAGUGUUGUUUGAUCAUAUCAUUAUUAUUAUUAAUAAUUAGAGUUCAUACUUAUAAUUAAGUACUAAUAAGAAUUAAGAUGAAAAUGAGAGGUAAUAUUACUACUAUUCUUCUGCUUGUUUCUUUACUCGCAGUGGCUCUUAUUAGUAGCGUGGUUGGUCAAAAUAAUAACAAAAAAGGAGGAGGGCUUCAGGAUAACUUUUAUGGUAAAAGUUGCAAAUCACUUGAGAAAAUUGUACGUGAUAUUACAUCCAAAAAGGUUCAAGCUGAUCCAACCUUGGGUCCUAAGCUCCUAAGGCUACAUUAUCACGAUUGUUUCGUCAGGGGUUGUGAUGCAUCGAUAUUGAUCGAUCCAGUAAAUGGUAAUAACACAACAGAGAAGAAUGCACCUCCAAAUCGGUCUGUAGCUGGAUACGAAGUGAUUGAUGAAAUUAAAGAAACUCUUAAGACACAAUGCCCUAAAACUGAUGUUUCUUGUGCUGAUAUUCUUGCCUUAUCAGCUCGAGAUGCUGUCACUGCCUUAACAAACGAAAAGUCGCUAUGGAAGGUGUUCACAGGAAGGAGAGAUGGAAGAGUGAGCGUGGCCUCAGAGGCUUCAAGGGACUUGCCUUCCGGAGGAUCAAACAUCACUACUCUCCUUAAUCUCUUUGACAGAUUUGGUCUUGAUCGAACUGAUCUUGUUGCUUUAUCUGGUGCUCACACAAUUGGAGUGACACAUUGCCCAUUAGUGUUCCGGAGGCUGUACAACUUCACCGGUAAAGGAGACACAGACCCGGCACUGGACUCGAACUUCGCCGAGGACCUAAAGAAGAGAUGCCCACCGCCUGUUGCCGUAGGGGCGACCACAGUGGAUUUGGACAGCGGCAGCGCUCUGACCUUCGACAGUAAUUACUUCACUGGUCUUACCAAUAACCAUGGUGUGUUGACAUCUGACGCUGCACUUCUCAACGAUCCAGCCUCUGCCGCCCUCGUCAAAAAGUUCGGCAGCUUCAAAAAGUUCAAGGAAGCCUUUGCUAAAUCCAUGAUUAAAAUGGGCGCCAUUAAUGUUCUUACUGGUAAUGAUGGAGAGAUUAGGAAGAAUUGCCGAGUUAUUAACUAAUUAAUUAAUAUAUGUUUAUAUUUAUUUAAUGUUUUAGUAAUAAGUAAGAUAAUCUAUGUACGUACGUAUAAUAAUCACGUACACUAAUUAAACGAUUUUCUUCAAUGACUAAUUUAGUACGUAAUCUUUGUUAAUCUGAAAGUUGUUGAAUGUUUUAUAUCAUGUAUGUACUCGAUCGAAUCAGUCAUUUUCGAUCUGUUUUAAUUAUAAUAAGAUAUCAUUAAUUUGAUUUAUAUAUAUAUUAUUUAUACUUGC